GCUUGCGCCAUCCCGAUGCCUCGACGAGUGCAAGUGCCAACUGCAAGGCCGGCACUCGCACGAAUCGUCACGAAUUGUGCCGAUGCCUUGACAACGUCCUUGACGAAAGGCAGUGGGGACCAUGGGGAUCUCACGACCUGGUGUCCAGAUCUAGGAGCCGACUACGAUCGCUCGUCGACUACAAGUACCACAUCCACGGCAGGAGCUUCGAAAUCUGCUAGUACAUACAAAGACGGUGUGAUGCGCGAUCGGCAUGGGCAAGAGCAUGGCGAGCGGCAGAUUCUAGCGGAUAUCACGAAUGCGACGGGAAUGACCUUCACCGACAGCGAACGUGGACGUGGAACUGAACGGCAAGGUCGCGAUGAACGAGAAAGAGGCUGGCGAAAGUUCGUCAAGUAUUUCAGUCCUUCUUGGUUCACCGUGACAAUGGGCACGGGCAUCGUGUCCAUCCUGCUGAACCAGUUCCCCUACCAGGUACGCUGGCUGUACUGGCUGUCCGUCAUCGUCUUCGUGCUCAAUCUCGUACUGUUCAUCUUCUUUCUCCUCGUCUCAAUCUUGCGCGGUAUCAUGUGGUCUGAGACGUGGAGCAUGGCCACGGACCGUCCGAAGCAGAGACUGUUCAUCGGAUGCAUCCCGACGACCAUGUCUACGAUCGUCAAUAUGAUGGUCUUGGUGUGCGUGCCUGCUUGGGGAGAGUGGGUGGUAUACACGGCUUGGGGAUUGUGGAUGGCCGAUGCCGCGCUAUCACUUAUUUGCGCGCUGUACCUCCCCUUCAUACUCAUCAAGCGAGCCGAUGAGACGCCUCUUUCGGCAUAUACCGCACUGCAAUUGUUUCCGAUCAUCGCGUGUGUUGUGGCAUCAGCGUCGGCGGCCGUCAUGAGCAGUGUCAUACCGCGACCUGAACAGGCUCUCGCGACGCUCGUGAUCGGGUAUGUGCUGUGGUCCCUUGGCUUCCCAACGGCAUUGUUCAUUAUGGUGGUAUAUUUCCAGCGGCUGGCGAUCCAUAAGCUCCCACCCAAGGAAGUCAUUGUAUCCUGCUUCAUGCCGCUGGGACCGCUGGGCAUGGGCGGCUUUGCGAUACUUAGGCUCGGCAGUGUGGCGAUGAAGGUGUUUCCGCAGACGGAGACGAUUCAUCCCUUGGCUGGUGAUCUGGCGUACAAUCUGGGCGUGUUUUUGUGCCUGAUCUUCUGGGGGUUUACGUUGUUGUGGCUGUUCCUGGCCGUCGCAACGAUCCAUCAUUGCAAGCAUUUUCCGUUCAACAUGGGUUGGUGGGGAUUCACCUUUCCCAUCGGUACCUUUGCCUUGUCGAGUAUUGCCCUUGCGCAGGAGCUACCGUCGAGAUUCUUCAGGGUCAUUGGAGCGAUAACGUCAGUCUGCGUGUUCUUGUUGUGGCUUCUGGUAGCUGGUGCCACGUGUAGGGACCUCAUAACGGGUGGAAAGAAGCUGUUCAAUGCGCUGCCUGAUCCGAAGCAUCGUGUUAAUGAAGGGCCUGUGGAAACAGUUGGCGACGUCCCUGGCAAGAAUGCAUGAAUGAGGGCGAUUUCGAAAACAUUGGGGUUGCAACUAGUUCUCUUCUUGUUGGCAAU